AUGGGCCAAGUUGCCGCCCGAUGGUAUCUCGUGCCGCGUGGAUUCAUCGUGUUUUGGACGAUGUGGGACUCGCUGGAAGAUGCGCAAGGUGUGUAUGACAUCGACAUGAAUACUGUCGAGAGUUUUCCCGUCACCAAGAUGCGCGAGGGCGGCGUGUUUGCGCACGACGAGCGGGCGCACGUCGAAAGCCAGAUCUGCAGACACAUCCUCCACCUCCGCGCCGUGACGACAAACCAGGCCGAUCGUUCGUUUCUGUGCGUGUUUACGCACAUCAGCUACGAUGUUGUGGACGCGGCGGGCCGCCGGUUUCCAUUUGCCAUGCUGUACUCGGAGGGGAGCGAGGACGAAGCCACGGGGUUCUAUGCGGUCGUGAGGCAUCGCGACACACACGACGUGGUCGCGACGUGCUGCGGCGACGGCAAUGUCGGCCACACGUUCAUUCAGUGGCACGAUGCGUCGCUCACGCACAUGUACGUGCCACACGAAGGCGGGGGAUUUCUCCCCACGAUGUCGCGCAAUUGCAUCGUUCGAACCAAAUCGAUGGACUGCCACCGAGGAUGGAGCUUGCUCAUGGAAUAUUUGAACUCGACCGACAGUCGCCGCGGCCUCUACUUUAGCCACACGCGCCACGAACUCGAGAGGCUCGUGCCGGUGGCAGCCAAGCUUGCCCAUCCGUCCAAGUGGUGCUUAUUUCCCCAACCAGUGCCUCGAUCGCUCGUCGUGGACGUUGCCGCCAUGUACGUGAAGGGCCUUGACGUGUGGACGCCAGGAAGAGAGAAUGUCCCGAUGGUUGUGUGGCAGGUCAUCGCAUCGUUCAUCGGAGAGCUCGUGUUCUGGGACCACACGUGCAGGGCACUGGACCAGCUCUAG